AUGAUUAGAAACUUACAAAGUAUAUCAUCAAAAGUGUCUAUACGGCCAUUUAGUAGAGCAUCAAUUUUGUACAAGAUCAGUGAUAUUCGAUUAACAUUGUAUAGUAAACCCAACUGUGGAUUAUGUGAAGAAGCGAAAGAAAUAAUCCAAGAAGAUAUAUUGUCACAGGAGAAAUUUAAAAGAUAUAAAGUUAAAUUGAAAAUAGUAAAUAUUGAUGAUUUGAAAAAUAAAAAAUGGUGGAUUAAAUAUUGUUUUGAUGUCCCUGUACUUCAUAUUGAGAAUGAGUCCAAGAAGGGGCAAUUAGAGAGGGUUUUUCAUAAAAUGGAUGAGAAGGAGAUCCUAGAUAAAAUUGAAAAGAUGAGAUAG